AUGCGCUUGCCUCUACGACAUGGCCUUGUCGCCGGAUCUGCAUUUAAAUUGAAUGCUCGUUUCUUCUCCAGCUCUAGGAUCUAUAAUGAAUUGACUCCCUUCACACGUCGGCUCUUCCAGCUACCUUCUCCUCCGUCUCCGCCCUCGCUACAGCACAAUGAUUUGGCGACGUUCCUCUCUUAUGCAAAGCACAUUGCUCUUCCAGAGACAAGUACCGUAUAUGUUGGCACACACUACGAAUACACCGUUCGGGAAAACCUCCGACGCUAUGCGCUGAGCCUCAAUCGUGUUGGCGGGCGUGACGAUGCGGGCAUCGAUCUCGUCGGCACUUGGCACCUACCAGAGCGGGAGCGGGAGCGCGCUCUCCGCGUAAUCGUGCAGUGCAAAGCGCUCAAGACAAAGGUCGGCCCCAACAUCGUCCGCGAGCUAGAGGGAACCCUUCGCCAGGCACCUGUUGGGUGGCGUACAGGCCAAACGGUUGGUGUGUUGGUAAGCCCGCGGGAGGCAACGAAAGGCGUCCGAGAUACGCUGGCGCGAUCUGCAUAUCCGAUUUUCUGGAUGAUGAUCGAGCGAGAUGGAAGCUUGAAACAGGCGUUGUGGAACUCGCGUGCGGAGGAGCUUGGCAUUGGUCCUCUCGGCGUGGAAACCCGAUAUGGGACUGGAGGCGACGAGUCCGGCUCGGUUGCCAAGCAGAUUGCUCUCACCUGGGAUGGUGCUGACAUUCCCGGCAUGGACCAGGUGGAGCAUGGGUUAGCUGAGUUUGAGGAGCAAUGGGUCGAAUCUUGGGGCCUGGAUUCGCUGGACGACAAAGAGCGAUUGCUCGAUACAGCCGAGAGAGUGCUCCCGCACGAUACCUUUUCCCGACUGUCCCAUGAACUAUUGUCGGAUGCGGACCGCGCAAAGGUUAUCGAAGCUCUACGAGAACAGCAACGGCAGCCUGAGCCCCAAUGA